AUGCUGCCAUCGGAUUUUGACGUCGCAAAGGAUGGAGCCUACGAAGAGGACCUGAAGGACGCCGAGCAGGUUCUGAUUCCACUGCACCUCAAACGUGCAACCCACUGGGUGCUGCUUGCGAUCAAGCUAGGGCCCUUGGAAGUCGAAGUUUUUGACUCCAUACCCAACGCGUCACUGUGGAAAAAGGAUAUCGAAGCAUCCGUUCGGAAUCUGUGCGGCUCCCACCUACAAAAGUUCCUCGGAUCAGGUACACCGGCGGUAGUGUUUUGCCAGAGUCUACAACAAGUUGGGGGCACUGACUGCGGCGUGUACACUCUCAUUCACGCAGCGUACUUGAUCGCCGGUCGAAGACUUCCGGCCAACACAGAUAUCAACGCUUGGAGACAGGCCAUCUCCUCGUUCAACUACGGAGCUCGCCUCGACGCAGAGGACACCCCAUGGAAACUUUACCCAGAGCUCGACGAUGCAGUUUUCGAAAUUGAAGAUGACAUGGCCUUCCCCCGGAAAGGAGCACGAAUCACCGACAAGGAAUGGUCUGCAGCGAUUGCCAGCCGAAGGGCAUACGAGGACAAGAUGAAUAAAAUUCUCAUCAAAACCCGCACACGCAACUUGCAUAAACUGGAUGAACAUCACAAGGACAUUCGCGAAGUUCUUGCGGUGAUACAUGAUGUUCUCGCGUCAGCCACCCCAGAACAGCGCGAACAGGAGAUAGAGCAGCUGUCGAAAGAAUACCUGGCCCGCCAGUCGAUCCUCUCUUCGUUGAAGGACAUACCGAAUCCCACACAGGCAGACAGAGAGUUCGGGACAUCCCAAAAGGAUCGGAAAAGAGCUUGUCUUAGACGAACCAGGACGAUACGCAUGUCAAGCCAGGCCCUGAAAGCAGCCGAGUGCCGACUGCAGCUUGAGCUUGGAGAUGUUCUCAAGCGGCAGCAGGAUCUAAAGGACCGAGGGGUGGAAGUUGAGACGUGA